GAGCAACCAGAACAAGAUACCUUUGCCGAGCCAUUGAACCACCACACCUGCUUGAACCUCCGCCACCACACGCCAGCGAUCAUGUCUGGCAAGUACGCUUUCACCACGGCCCUCAAGGAGGUGCGCUUCCUCUUCUGCCAGACCUCCGAGCACAGUGCCGCGACCAGGUCUUUCCUCACGAGGACAUACCCCACCAUGAAGAAGCACAACCCUCAGACCCCCAUCAUGCUGCGCGAAGCGGCCGGCACUCUGCCCAAGGUGUUUGCGCGAUACGAAUACGGCGUCGAGAAGUCGCAGAGCCUCGAGGGUCUGUCCGACAAGCAGAUCGAGGAGACCGUGACUGGGCUGGUCAGGACCACAGCGUAGAGUGUUGGUCACGUUCGCUAGCAGGGAGGAAGACGAGGCCGACAGCGCACCUCUGUACAUUACCGGCUGAAUAGACUGACUGGUCCUGUU